GGUUGCUGUUAAUUAAGCGCCCAUUUUCGCCCUGGACCACACAGCAAAGCGAGUCAGUCCUUGUAGAAGACCGACACAUCGCCAAAGCAGAGAGACUCUCGGUGUUUCCCUUUGACUUCCUUAGCGGCGAAGCUUGCCGGAACCAGCCCUGCCGGGCAUGGCGACGAUGGAUGAGUCCGGCCGGAAAGGGACCGGCACACAGAGCGUGCAAUCGGAGGCGGCCCUCUUCUCCGUUGUCAAGCCAAGCCAGUCGACGGCGGACUCGCUGCCGUCUCCGGCAAUGGACAGCCUGACGGGGAGGCCAUCAUCGAUGAAGACGGGGCCGGUCGGCCGGAAGACGAGCUUCCGGGUGCGCGAAUGGGCCAAACGGUCCAACUCGAGUCGGACGGCACCGUCGACAGGAACUUCUGCCUCCGAGUCCCUGAAAUCACACAUCAAGCACUUGGGAGGUGGGCGACUCGAACAAGUCGAGGUCCGGGGAACAGCAAACAACACCACCCUCCUCGCGCCGUUUCCGAAGCGGGGGCUGAGGAGCCGGACGAGCUCCAUCGACAGCCGAGUCACCCAGUGGGUUGACUUCUACCCGAGCUCAUCGGAAAGCAGCAACUCCCAGAGCAAGCCCCAGGCUGAUGAUGAUGAUGGGAAGCGGCCCGAUGAUGAGCAACCGGGCCAACAGCAGCGCCAACAGGAGCGUCAACAGGAACGGCGGCGGGAACGACAGUGGGAACGGGCCGGCUCCAAUUCCGAUCUACGGCCAGCACCACUCAGGAUUCCUUCCUCCGAGAGGCGAGGUGGUGCCAGCGCCGACACGCCGCCGUCGAAGCCGCUGGAGCGGAAGGACUCGAAAUGGAAGCCUCUCCCCAUCUUGCCCGCACAGCGAGCCAGCAGAGGUCGCGAGCAGUCCGGGCUUGGGCCGGCACCACCAACACCAACCAAGAGAGCCGAGACACGGGGGCCGCAGGAGCCCGAGCCGGCGGAGCAGCCACCGACCGAACAAGGGAAGGGCGGGCGGAAGGGCGGGCCCUCGAGAUCGGACGAGCCGCAGCCCCUGCCCACGUUCCGCUUCGACUCGGCCCCUCCGACGCCCGACAGCAGCGCAGGCGGUGCUGCCCGGGUGCUUGUGGGGGAGCAGGACUGGGGCCGGCAGGUCGAGGGCGCGCGUGCGCGGCCGGCCGGGGAGCUCCGGGGACCCAAGGGACCCCUCCAAGGCCGGGCGCCGGAGGGGAGAGACGAGAAGGGCACCGGCGGCUCCGGGGCCGUGGGCAUGGACAGCCCGCCGAAACAGGUGGUGCGGCACACCCGCGAGGAGCGGGUCUGGCUGCACGUCAACUACCGGGGCGAGGCCCCCUUCCUGCAGGCAUGGGGCCUGGAUAUCGCCAACCCGGGCGACCGCCUCGAGGGGCUGACCAUUCUCCGGGAACUCAUGCAGGCCGAGGGCGCAGGGGGUGGACCAGAGCGUCGCGAGCACGGGAACGCAGCGUGAUGCUGCUGCUCCUCCUCCUCGUCCUCAGGGACCAGCACGCUGGUAUGAAACCAACGGGCCGCGGUGGCGGGCGGAUGGAAAACUUGGGUGUGAUGGGACACACGGACGGAUGAAGGCGCUGGGCGAUGCUACAUUCAUUGAUUGUGCUGUACUAAACGUGUAAUUUAACUGCUGUCGAAGGAUCACCGAGCCGAGAGGAGGUUCCCUUUCUUAUUUGGUUUUUUUCCCCUCCUUUUCUUUUCUUUUCUUUGAUGUUGUUUCGAGUCUUCAAUAUACCCCUUUUGCCAGCCACCCCAAUAUCCGGCUCCCCCCCUCUGUUAUGCCAGUGGCUCGCUCUCUUGCGGAUAGACCCCAAGACAGAGACAAAGUUGAC